AUUUUAAUGUUAAAUUAAACCACCCUGCAUGCAUGUUAGGAAUCUCAGUAAUAAAUCCUAGCAAACUCACUCACUCACAGAACACACGUGUCUAUCGAGAGCCUAACCUCCCUCCACCGAGACAAUUCCCGGUCUAUACAAGUAUGUAAUUCUCUAGAUGUCCAACAAUACAACGCUUAUUUCCUUUUAUACCCAUAUACCCCGCCUUUUCCUAACUGUUGAGGCAGUUAGGAAUUCUACUCCCUACUCUCUCAUCUUCCUUCGCACAUAAACCUUCCAGCCUCUAACAAUGCAUGUUGCUAUAUGCCAUAUAUGAUAUAUUUUAGGCUGAGAGUUGUCAGAGAUGAGACCAUGAGUAGUGCAGUGAAAUUAAGUCACAUCUCUGGUGAACUUCAUCAUAUGUUCACUUCUGCCAUAAAUAUACUAUUUUUAGUUAUGUCUGUUUGACUCACAACAUCCCUCACCGUGGAAUUCAAAAUUGUUGAUGCCUUGUUAAUGUCAAAUGUGAUUGGGAGUUUUACAACUUCUUCAUUCUUUUGUUUUGUGUAGAAAUAAUUUUUAUUUUAAAAGAAAUCUUAUUACGUAUAAAAAAGAAAAAGUAUAAGGAGGGGGAGGAUGAUGAAGAGCUUAAAUUGCAAGCCUGGAGCAGAACACCUAAGAGAAGGCAUAUACAUAGCUCAAUUUUGUAGGAAACGGGGACUGAUGAACUCCCUUAAAUGAUGCAUAUCCUGUUAGGGAACCACAUAACAUGUAAAGUUCAUAAAAUGUGUCCUUACUUUUUACCAAAAGCAUUGUAGUGAAUCACGUCUGCCUCUGGAUAAGAAACUAGGAACGCAAUGCUCACCAUAACUUAUAAAGGUUUUCCUGGGAAAUUAAUCACUUUACACUGCCAAAAUAAGUGACUUCCUGUCUCGGAUCUAGGUCUGCAUUUAACACAUUCGAAGAGAGAAUAUAGCACCAUUUGUGCAAAAUGCUCCAAACUGUUUUUAUUAGUCCUGUAUGCCCUACUGUCCAAAGAAGAGUUUUCCUUAGAUAGAUAUCUUGAACCUGUUUUCUUUAUACUGAAUUUUUAAAGAGGAGUAAGUUAGGAUCAAAGCAAAACAUAUAUGACUUCAGGCUCCAAAUACCCCCUGCUUGUGUUAGCUGAAAGGGCCGUGUGUGUCCUAGGCAAGCUGGAUAAUGCAUAAACUGCAGUAUGCAGAGAGGCAAACAUCGACAUGGAAGUUCCGGGUUCUUCAAUUUUAAAAUCAUUGAAAACUGUUGUUCUAAACCAAAGAUUUUAUUCAUUUCCUCCGCAUUAUCUGAUGGCUGGUACUGUCCUUUUGGAUAUUCUUCAAUCUAAACCUUCCAACUUUCCUAUAUCUUCCCAAGUGUUGUUCAAUGUUCUUGAUGAGGCCAGUGAAAAAACAUGUUUAUGCGGAACAGUGGAGUCAGUGCAUAAAUAUGUAUUUGUUGGAGAUGCGGGAAAAAAUGGUCUUGAACUGAAAAACAUAAUUGCUUUCACAAGUUUCUUGCUAGAACAAAAAUUGGUGAAGGCGUGGCUUACUGACAAGGAAGCCGAAGCACUUAGGUGUCAGAAGCAAUUGGUGGAGGAGGAAGAAGCUGCUCAGAAAAGACAAGCUGAGAUUUCGGAGAGGAAACGCCAGAAAAAGCUUAGACAGAAACAGCAGAAAGCUAGGGAACAAAGACAAAAGGCUGAGGCAGAAAUUAACGGCUAUAUUGAGAGUGCUGUAAAGGCUUUAUCACUGACUGAAGCAUCUUUAGAUACGCAAAAUGUUGAAGCUCAUAAUCCAAAUGCAUUUUCAGAUAACGUAGCCUCACCUGUACCUCCCCAAUAUGUUGACACCAAUAAGGAAAUAAAUGAGGAUACUCGUUCAGAGUAUGAUACUAUCGUUGAUCAGCAUCUUGAGAGAUUGUCUGAAGCUGAUGACUUGCAUACAGACCAGAUUUCUCCUCUUCCAAACCUUGAAGUCAAUCAGAAACAUGAAUCCAACCAUGAUAACAAGGCAUCAGCUAUUGUCAGUGGUAGUGAAGUAUGGAGUCCCCAAUAUAUUGACACCAAUAAGGAAAUAAAUGAGGAUAGUCGUCCAGAGUAUGAUACUAUCGCUGAUCAGAAUCUUGAGAGAUGGUCUGAAGCUGAUGACUUGCAUACAGACCAGAUUUCUCCUCUUCCAAACCUUGAAGUCAAUCAGAAACAUGAAGCCAACCAUGAUAACAAGGCAUCAGCUAUUGUCAGUGGUAGUGAAGUAUGGAGUCCAAAGUCUGAAGCUGAUGACUUGCAUACAGACCAGAUUUCUCCUCUUCCAAACCUUGAAGUCAAUCAAAAACAUGAAGCCAACCAUGAUAGCAAGGCUGAGGCAUCAGCUAUUGUCAGUGGUAGUGAAGUACGGAGUCCAAAGUCUGAAGAAGAAAUUGACAAGGUGGUUUUAAAAACCACACAAGAGAUAAAACCGGACCAACCUAAGAACCAACUUUUGAUAGGAUCUAUAUCUGUUAAUAUUGACAAUUUCAAACAAUCAGAGGGUAAUAUGGUGGCUUCUCAAAAGGAUUCUAUUGUUGAGAAUGUGGGUAAGGAGAAUAGUUCUUGGGAUAAGCCAGUGAAUACUGAUCCUGUCAGCCAGCAUGAAACUGAAGAUCAAGUUCCAGUUCAAAGUGACGAGACAGAAGUAAGCAUGGGUAGUACAGAUGGCAGAGCGGAUAUUAGACGCUUCCAGGCCUUCAUUCAGGAAGCAAAAGCUUUCCUUGCAAGAAGAUGGGAAGAAGCUUUGGCAUCAGAUCAUGUGGUAUUGCAUAUUAGCUCUGACUCGGAUUCUUCAUCGUCCCAAGAAACGGAGGAUUCUAUAGCAGAUACCAAAUUGCCUGCAACCUCCGGAGCAAACCCGGAUUGAUGAAGUCUGAAAAGGGAACCAAGAUAAAGUAUGUUCCCAAACAGAAGACAAAUACCUGAUCUGAAAGAAUAAAUUGGAUUAGUUUAGUUGUACAGAUAUACAGAGUUUCACUUUGUUGCCAAUUAGUUUCUUAUCCGACGUCCAAGUUUUAUCGGAUGGUCUUCUGCCACUGUUCAAAGCAGGUUUUGCCUCAUCUUUUUUUUCUUCCGCCCUUUUCCUCCUAAAAGAUUUCAUAUGGGAUAUAGGCUACUUAGUUUUUUUUCUUUUUUUUUUAGUUGUUUUUAGUUACCAUUUUUUUUAAUAAACUUCUUUUCUUUCCGUACAUGUUUACUUUUACUUUUUGGAUCCAUUGUUGUCGUCAUAAUCAGGCUAAAUAAGUUCUGACGACGUCACUAACUGAUGAUAUAGUUUUUUA